CGAUUGCUAUUUUUCUUCUUUACUCAAUGUUGGUUGAUGUUUGACAACAUUUUAAAUUCGAAGCGUGUCACUUGAGGGUUAUCAUCACCUAAUAUGUCAGGAAUAUAAGAGAGAGUAGUCCCGCCGUGACAAAAGAGAAAAGAUAGGCGUAAUUUAUCUCGAGAGUGCCAUAUGUCGCGUAGUUGCCUCUUCGCGAUGUCAGUUGAAAUAUCAUUCUCCGAAACAAUCUCAGAUGCGAAGUACGACGAAAUCCCGGAAUAGAAAUAUCUUUAUACGUAAUGCAGAUUUUUAACACUUUAGAGGAGCAAAACUUAGCUUUUUACAUGAAGUAUCUUUUAGUUAUGGAGAGAUUAGCUAUGAAAAUGCGCCUAUUUAGCGACAAAUAUUUUAAAUAAAUAUUUGGAAUUGAUGUGAAGUUGAAAGCUUCGAUAAUUUAGUACGUCAGAAAUAAGUGUGAAUGAGAAAUUUUCAAUAUUAGCCUGUCCAACGUUUGCCAUUAUAUUAGUUACCGUAUCUGCUAUGUUAUAUUACGGUACUAUUUGUUCUUGCUAAUAAGGAAAGGCGUUUAAUGAUUUACUAUAUAACCCAGAUAUCAGUAGAGUAAAAAUGUUACAAAUGAUGAUGGAAGACACGCCGCUUGGUGCGGAACAUGGAAAUCUUUAUUGUUCGACGAAUCCUCCAUAUCAAAGGAUGUCUCCGCCUUUCGCCACGCAAGUUUUUUCAGGCGCACAAGAUAAUUCUUCAGAUUUGGCGCGUCAGCAAUUCUCACCGGAGCCAUAUUAUCAACAAGAACAAGUCUUUAACAAAAUGCCCGCCCGGGGAUUUCAGUCUUCCCAAACACGAUAUCAGCCUUAUGCAUCGCAAACUUCCGUUGUUUUCUCGAAGCAAUCUCCAACUUCUGUUUAUGAUCAACACAAUCCGUAUCAACAACCGAUCAGUAGCCAACAACAAUUUCGGAACUCUGUCGAACCUGUGUGGAUAAACGCCGGUACGACGAUGCAUGAUUCAAUGUAUUCCAGAAAUUGCAAUAGCAAUAACAACUCGAACAACUCUUCUAUGCUUUAUCCGGCCCAAUCCAGUGGUCAAUUCAGUCAGGAUGUUACAAAUCUGACCCCUUACUACGACUCAAAUAUUGUGCAUCAUCAAACAUUUGGAUCAACUAUCAAUUCUUCAGGGAAUAUCAACAGAGGAUAUUCACCAUACACCUACAACAAUCAAGCUCUAGUUAACACUCAAAGCAGAAUAAUGGAUAAAAAAGUUUCUCCGGAGGUCAAGAAAAGAGCUACGAAAAAAAGGAAGAAAAAGGGAGCAAAUGAACCACAACGACCAGUUUCAGCUUAUGCCCUUUUCUUUAGAGAUACUCAAGCUGCUAUCAAAGCUGAGAAUUCAUCUGCAACAUUUGGUGAAAUUUCUAAAAUUGUUGCUUCAAUGUGGGAUAGUUUAAGUGAAGAAGCAAAGCAGGUCUACAAACAGAAAACCGAAACAGCGAAAAGAGAUUACUUGAAGCAUUUAGCUGCAUUCCGAGCAAAUAUGAUAUCAAAGGGAAAUCUUGACGCAGAAGAAGAAGAUCUUCAACCUCUUUCAGUUUUACGAGAUAAAAUGGCAGAACAACGAGCCACAACAUCAAGUCCAAGUUCUUCGAACAAUUCAAGUUCAUCUGUGAUUGAUCUCACUGAAUCUACGGAGGAGAAUCUUCCUCCUCCCCCACGUUUACAUCUUGCACCUGGUAUAUCUCAUCCAGAUAUUCAGCUUGGAGAGCCAGAACUCAAAUUACAUCCAGUUUCAAUGAAUAAUACUGUAAUGUUAAAUACAACAACAGGAGGACAGCAACAGGUAGCUCAAUCCAUGAGGCCACCAUCACCAGUGAUUUUGACCAAAAUUAUAGUUCCAGGACAAAAUGGAGCACAGUCAACAAUACAUCUCAUAAACUCUGUAUCAAAUACGUCUACAAAUACUGUGAUGCAGCAGCCAACAAUGGCACCACCAGUGUUAAAUCAGCCCACAGCGAAACAUAUAGUAAUGCAUCCCCAGACUUCACCUGUCGUCAAACCACAGAAUAUUACUGCUGCAACUCCGUCCCCACCACCACCUAUUCAGUUGCGAAAUAUUGUUUCACAACAACCUGACUCACCCAUCACAUUUCUACCAAACAAACCUGGACAAAUUAUAAGAGUAGUUCCGUCUCAAUCAGGUGGUGUCACUUUUGCUCAAUCAAAUUUAAAUCCGGAUGCUGUGAAAGGACGAAUAAUCAAAAUGGUAGAUGUUGUUCGGCCUGUGCGAACACCAAGUCCAUCCAUCCAAACUCAACAAGACAUCCAACAGUCACAAAUGUUGUCAAAAUCACAGGACCAUACCCCUAUACUUCAACUUCUUGCUCAAGAAACAUCAGAAUCAAGAAUGCAAGUACAUGAACGAGAUAUAUCACAGAAUGAAGAAAAUGAAAUUGACGAGAAUGCACUGAUGCAAAUUCCCCAACAAAAUUUACUCCAAACGGAAUCACAUAUUGCUUCCAUGGAUAUCAAUAAAACAACAACUGAGCAGGAUCAGGGACUGUCAAGAGCUGGCAUAGAUGAUGCCCCACCUCGGCGUUGUGUCAGAGAAGGUUGCAAUAAUUUAGCUGUUUCAUGUCCAUAUUGGGAUAAUGAAUAUUGCAGUAAUGAAUGUGUGUACAGUCACUGCAGGGAUGUUUUUGAUGCUUGGGUAUCCACAAGACAAGUUACAACAUCAGUGGUGUGAUGCAUCAAUCAAAUAUGUCUGGAAACUUGCCUGAAGUUUUUGGUGCGAAGCAUGGAGCUGGGAUUACCAAAGUGCCGAUCUUUUGUCGCAUCACUUAUUGCUGUUGAAACUAUCAUGUGAAUUCAGUGUCCUAAAAUGUAUUCUACAAUAGCGUUGACAGAAGAACAGAAUUUUCACUGCCUUUGUGCCUUUUUAUGGACACAAUUUGUUUGACAUUGCUUGUUAUUGAUCAAGUAUUUAUACAAACACUUUUGAACAAUACUUGUAUAUUGAUCAAGAUAUGUGCCACAGAGUAUUCACCAAGAUGAAACAUAAUUUAAAUACACAAUAUCAUGUCACCGUUACCAACCACUUGUGAACGUUAAAGCCAAUGCUGGCGAUUUAGUCACGUCACUUGAAAUUGUAUGCCAUUGGUACUAUUUGAUAUUUCCAAAUCCUCUUAUUAGCAAUUUUUAUUGUGCCUUUCCAUUGUUUGUUAAUGUUGUCUUGAUAAUUUUGCGUUUGAUUCUGUAUUGAGACAAGAUUUCGGAUACUGAAUCAGGACAGUGAUAUUGUUGGUGCCAGCAUUUCAAAAUUAAGGGGAAUAGAGACUGA